AUGAUCAGAUCACGAGCACCUGCGUCUGUACGAGAACUUGUGGAUCAACCAUUGAAGAAAUUAGGUAAAUUGUAUGAAAAUUCACUGAAAGCAAUGAUGGUAUGUGGACUUGAGUUCUACUUGUCUGCAUCUCUCGUUGCAUCAUUUUUUCAGUGUCCAGAUGAAACGGUACAAGCAGAACAGGAACUCCAGACGCUCUAUACGCUAGCUUGGGUACCUCUUUUCCUCUCAAUUAUUCUCGUAUAUGGUCCAAAACUUUCAGUCUCUAUCUUUCCAUCACCGGAACAUUUUGAACGUAAUAUGUUACGUUGCAAAAUCUUUACAUGGUUGUACGCGUUUGGUCUUCUCAUUUGGGAUCCUGAUAUGAUUAUUAAGACUGGACCGUCAUUGGGGGUGAGUAUUCUCUUUUGUAUUGCUGAUGUUGGACGUUUUAUCAUGGACAUGAAGCAUUUGACUGAAGUCGAGUAUGAUGAUAAUGGCAAUUCGUUCAUUAUCCACAAGAAGACUCCACGUCAGAGUGAACAACCGCAAGACCAGCAGCAACAGCUGCGAGCCCAUGAAGAAUUACAGGAAGAAAGCUACACGGUUCAAGUAAUUGGUGUGAAUCGAUGCACGCAAUCGCGAAGAACGGGUCAACAUAAACAGCAAAGCUUUGUACCGCAUCACGAAAUGUCAGAAGUGUCUCCAUCUCAUUGUCAAGAGCCAUUAGUGCCGCUAUACGAUAGUGCGAAUAAGCUUGGCAGUCGGAGACAAUCACGAAAUGGUACGAAACGUGAUCAGGACUUGAGACUGGACCAAUUCUCAUCGUCAAAUAAAAGUGAAGACGUUGCUGUCUUGGAUUCUAAUGGUGCUGAAAAGGAAGACGGAGAGUUAAUUGCGAAAAAGUCAUUUACGUAUGAAUUUUAG